AUGGGAGUUCUGUAUUGGGGAGGUGGCCUGGAGGGACAGGGCUGGGAUUUGUCCGGCCGUCUGCCUGGUGGGUUUCCACGCAUCGAUCGCUAUUCCGACGCUCUCGUGGACAGCUGGAAGGGUCGCAUGGAGAACGCGCAGGUGACUCUGAGAAUGUGUGCCUCUGAAGGGCCAGGUUUCAAGAGAUACAUGAAGCAUUUCAUGAUGCUAAGCUCUCAGGCAUGUGUGGAGUUUCGUUUGAGGCAGUACCACCGCUACAACACGCUCUGUCGCAGGAAGGUCCUUACGGAACGCCAGGUCAUCGGAGGUAUCCUAGAAACCUGGCACAAGGGGACCUCCAACUCGGGCAUGCGGAUCAGCAACGGAGGGGAGCCGGGGGAGCCCACCUUCCUCUCCUUCCUGAGCCGGCGCGCGCGGCGCUACCGAGCGCAGGCGCGGAGGUUAGGAGGUCAUUUUGCUGCGGUCAUCUUGGAAGGUGGUCAGCAAGAGCUGAAAUUUGUUGCUGCUGCCAAGACGCUUUCUGCGGAGCGGCCUGCGAAGCUGAAACGGGUGCUGUUGAUACUCGGAGGGCCCGAUGGGAUAUCAGACAGUAUCCGGCAACAGUUGCGGACGACACUGGAGGAGCAUACGGACUUCCCACUGUUGGGAAUCGCACUGCCUGGUGGGAUCCUUCACUCUUAUUACGCGCUGGCCACCGUCCUCGUGUUUCAUGACCAGGGUUUGUUGAUUCCUUAUUUGGAGUUCCAGGUUGGAAAGCCUAGGCAAGUUGUGAAAUCCAAGGCUCGUCCCGCCGCAAGGCCGGAGAAUUCGGAAUCUCCGGUGGAGGCUCCAACGGCUGAGGCUCCAACCCGAGAGACUGCGGAGGGGCCGAAGACCCAGCCGAAGCCAAGAGACGAAGCGGAAGACAAGGACAAGACGGAGCGUGCCGAAGUUGCUCCGCAGCGGCCGUUACCAGUCGGCCCGGUGAAUGCGCUUGCACCGCUUGCAGCCUUGGCCCCCAAGCCUCCGCCCUGCCCGCCGCCCGCUCAUCUCCUCGCACAGCGGCCACAACUGCCAGCUGGACCGCAAAGGCCAGAAAGUCCCGUGAACGGGGGGUUGUUGCCGAAGGUCCCAGGCUUGGUUCCAGCCGAUGGCAUGUCAGCGCUUUGCGCUUUUGGCGAGAUCUUAGUUGGCCUGAUUUGGCCGUUGAGGCCAGCCGCUGUCUAUGUGCCAUUACUCCCUGAUGCGCUUGUCGAUUUUUGUGGAGCACCGCUUCCCUUCGUGCUUGGCAUCUCGUCAGAGAUGGUCCAGCGUGCAGAGGCUAUCUGCGAGCCGCAGACUAUGUUCGUUGACAUUGAUAGUGGCGAGAUACGAGUCCUCCAGGAGAACAGUAUGAGCGCUAUGCUCGGUUUCUGCUCGACCCGGCCCGGGGAGCACCGCCUCGUGGGACCGCGGCCUCGGCCCGCGGCGCCCGAUCGGCCGCACAAGAAGCUGCUUCGGCGCCUGGACCUGGCUUUGCGUGGGAUCGACUUCGAGGCAUUCUGA